AUGGCGAAGCACAUUCAAGUAAAGUCGCGCGAAUACCAACAAAUAACCAUUACGAAAAUUUUCACCAAGGUCAUAGUAGUCGCUCAGGUUUUCGGUUAUUUUCCCUUGUCGGGCGUAUUGGAGGCCGAUCCAACAAAAUUAAGAUUUUCCUACAAGACUCCAAUAGCUAUUUAUUCGAUUCUGACUCUCCUGGGCGCAAGUUUUAUGCUCGCUAUGCAGCUGACCAAAACUAUCGCGAUCGAGCUGACAAUUUUUCAAGCAGAAAGUCUGACGUAUUAUGCGGGCUCCGCGUACGUAGGUAUUACAUUCAUAGAUCUGGCUAAGAAAUGGCCCAAGUUGAUGGCAGAUUGGGAAGCUAUUGAAAAACAUAUGAAAAACUACGGCCCACCUAAAGGAUUGAACAAAAAAAUCACAAUCUUAAUGGUACUGUUCUUGAGCGCCGCUGCUGAUACAUUUUUCUUUAAUUAUAUCGACGUGUUCAUAAUGAUCGUCAGCAUCUGUCUGUCGAGUCGGAUGGCCCAAGUUACAGAAGCAAUCAGAAGCGCAUCAGACUGCCAUGUAAGGGAGGAAAGGGUAUGGGCCUAUUUAAGGGAAGACUAUACCCGUUUAGGUCAACUUUGCCGUACAGUAAACAAGAUCAUUUCAAACGCCAUACUGGUAUCGUUUCUACCGAACGUACUGAUCAUCUUGAUCCAGGUUUUCAACAGCAUAAAACCCCUGCAUAAUUACUUGGAGGCCAUUUAUUUUUAUUUUUCCCUUGUAUUUCUAAUAUCAAGAACCGUCGCAGUGUCUAUUUAUGGGGCCAUGGUUAGCGAAGAAGGCAGGAGGCCGUUGAAUAUUUUGAACUGCGUGUCGUCGGAUGUUUACAAUAAUGAGAUCGAAAUAUUCAUCAACCAAAUUUCGAACUUCGAAAUACUAUUGACCGGUAAGAACUUCUUUUCUAUAAGGAGACACAUAAUUUUGGAGAUAGCCGCAGCAUUAGUAACAUACGAGCUGGUACUCAUACAGUUCAACCAAGAAUACCUUAACUCCUACAGCAAAUCGAAUCGAUGCGUGUAA